AUGGAUUUUGUGUGUGCGAUGAUGAUUCUCUGUUGUCGAUGUUAUUCACUUAGUUUUGUUCUAAGUGCUUGACUUUUGGCGCACAACGAUUGACAAGGAUUUGAAAUCUUAAUACAGAGACACACGAACGAGAGCACACUUUGCCCAAUACACCGAUGACAGCGGUUCGUAUUACAGCUGCGUCGAUGCGCAUUUGUUUAUACACAAUCUCACCGAUCCACAAAUUCUGCAUAAAGUCAUAAUACAUCGCACGCGCACACACCAAAACACAGCGCAGAACCGAUGGCGUUGAAUCGCCACAGCUAGCUCACAAAAAUACUAACACAACGAGACGAGAAUUAGUUUCCAAUACGUUGCAAACACAGCGACUCGUUCACUUGCUUCUUGAAUGUGAACCGAGCUAGAAGGAAAAAAUUAUCAUUCGAUCAAAUCGACAGUGUUCAAUCGACAAAAGAACGUGAAAAAAGUCUAACGAAUGGGAUACCAGCGCAAAAAAGCAAAAAAGAAGGGGAAGCCAAUUGCAGUGCUUGGGGACGUGAUUAAGGAGGAUGAAAAAGAAAAGGAUUCCGGCAUAAGAACCGUCAAAACGCAGUUGCGUGCCAUUCUUCGGCCGGAAUACCGUGACUUGUUGAUUGCAGCCAUCACCGACAGAUCAAUGAUGGCAACGACAAUUUGUGUACUCGCCUCGCAGUUGUUCCUGUUCCGUUGUGAGCGCGCAUUCGAAGACAAUGACAAAGGAUUUUUUGAACAGAAUGGCGAAAAGGUGAUUCGGUCGUGUUUUUUUUGGUGUGCUCAAGAAAAAUAUCUACAAGAAGAAGAAAAUGCCGCCGGAAUUUCGUAAAAUGGUGCAGCAGCUGGACGAUAGCCAUCGAGUGGUUUGGCCCAACGCAGACUAUUUCGGCAACGGAAUGAAUGAUAUAAUAGAUCCGUACGUAACGAACGUGAAAAACAACUUGAAGACGCAUAGCAAGAAACGCCUGCGCGAAUGGCUGCGGGUAAAAGUGUUCGAAUCUUCGUUGGUUGCUCGAUACGAACAGGCCGACAUCGACCGUGUGAUUAGUUUGGCAAUUUUUGGCAAUGACAAUAUUGUAAUCAAUGGCAUGGAUGAUGUUGCCAAACGUGAACGGCGUAACUUGUUGAUUGAAAUGGUCACGAAGAACAGUUGGUGGGACAUACCAGACAACAACAUCGGCCGAUUCACAAAUGGGAAGGACUGGUUCAAGAGCAUCGCAUUCUGGAUUUCCCUCCAGCGGAAAAUUGAUGAUUUCAACACCUGCGAGAAAUAUCGUGAAGAACGCCGAUGCCAACGCGAAGAGUUUGAAGAGCUGAAACGAUGCCGACGUCGAAAUCACCGUCCGUGCACUUGCCAGCAGCCGACAGAUCGAGGCCAAAAUGGAAAUGAGUACAUUGAGAAAGGGCCUCCGAGAGUGAAAAAUCUGGCAGUGAUUCCCAUUUGCAGUUUCACUCGUACCCACUACACGUUGGACAUUCGUACAUUGUACUUUUUGUUGCGUCAACUUGGAAUCGUACCACUUAACAUCACAGAGGACGAGUUCAGAAAACAAAAGGAGUAUUAUUGGGGCCAAUACUUCGAUAUGCGGAAAAUCUAUCAUCUCGGUCGCAGUAGAAAAAAGUUCCGUUUCCGAAUUCUCUCGAAUGGACAGGCCGUAUCGCUACAAUUCGAUAUUGACAAAACGAAAUUGAAACCAGUUGACAAAAAGACCAUUGUUCAAAACUACAAUAAGUUUGUCAAUGAAGGUGCAACUGAUCCGGGUGUGAAUACGUGGAACGCAACAACGGUACAUAACAUCGAAACUGGCAAAGAGACGAACUACACGAUCAGCAGCAAACAGUAUCAUUACUGGACGAAGCAAACGGUUCGAAAUCGACAGGGAAAGCGGUGGACCAAAGACUUUGUCAAGGAAGAGAGGCAAGAUCGUGAAAAUCGUGCGCUCUAUCCGGUGAUGCCAUCGCCAUUGGGUAGGCACUGGCAGAACUACAUUCGGCAUCGACUCAAAAUGACGGAACGUGGCAUUGCCGUGUAUACGACAGACAAAUACACGAGACUGAAUUUUGACAAGUAUGUUCGAGCAAACAGUGUGACCGAUAGCAUAGCCGGAAUGUUGACCAACCAUCAGCCAACACUCAUGCAUUUCGGAGCUGCUCAAAUGUCGCCCAGUUCACCCAUCGGCAUCAAAAAGACACUGCGUUGCCCGGGCAAUCGGAAAAUGAUACGAAGCUACAAAAAGUGUCGUGGUUGUGUGGUUAAUAUGGUCGACGAGUAUUACACUUCACAAACAUGCGCCAAGUGCUUUGGCCGUUUUGAUCAACGCACGAAACGACAUCGCUUCAAAGUCUGCCAUGAUUGUCGGCCGCAAUUGGUAGAAGCAAUGCUGCCAUCAAUGAUCGUGUGCAAGGUCAACAAACGAAAGAUGAGGCACGAGAAGCUGAAACUGUUUUUGCUCGAGAAAGAAGCGGAAGAGGGCAACGGAAAUCCAGCGGUUGGCAAUGAUGUCCCACAUCCAGAUCAACUAAACCCAGAAUUACUCCCAAAAGUGGCAAUCUACCACAAAACAUGGCAUGUAAAUGAGUCUAGUAAAAUCGUGGAAUACGUGAAAUUCAAUUCAGCCGGUGAGAUGGAAGUUGUCGAGCCACGAGUACACAAGACGACAUGGCAUCGCGACAUAGCCGCUGCAAAAUGUAUCCUGAUCAAAGGACACUGUGACUUGUUUGGGGACGAGUUACCCGAAACAUUGCAGAGGCCAUCGAACCAGCGAGCUGCUGUCAACAACUAACCAGCUUCAUGUAUUUCACGCCAUUCACAUUGAAUAAUUUAAAAAUUAAAAUAUAACAUUAUGUUAUUUCCGCUAUGCCUGAUUGUUGUGGUAUAGUAGGCGUACAUACUUACCUAAGGAGGCCAGAAGUACCCAUGUAUAUGGGUAAACUAAACUAAGCCACGGUUUUUGUGAUUUUGAAUGAUUACUUAUAAUUUGAAGAUGGUUGAUGUACAUAUUUUUAUGUAAAAUGUGAAAAUUUUAUGAAUAAAUUCCAUUGUUCUAUUUUCGAUUGUGAUUUUCAGCAAAAUCACAAUGUGACUUUACGAAACAGUAGAUUCAUUCAAAA